CCUGCAGACCUACACUGAGCAACCAGAAAUCCACUAGUGCUGCAGACCAUCCAGACAAGGUAGGAGUGAGGCCUCCCUGCACAAGGGCAGGCAGGGGAUUUCAGUUUACCCAUAUAAACCUGAGAGAAGAUCGUUGGACUCUGAAGAGCAAAGAAAGGAGGAAGAACUCCCACCACUAUGGGAGACAAAGCUGGAGGCAGCUCCUUUUCUGGCCCUGAGGCCAAAGCUCAUUCUUACCUUUGAGUAGAAACUUGCCGGAAAGGUUUUGGUAUCACUCUGGACAACAGCUAAAAAUCCUAUCAGAAGGAACUGCUUUAGGCACAUGACUUGAGCCAAUUUAGAUGUUAUAGAUUAGAUAACAAUGGGUUUUAAACAAUUAGGCUCUUCUGACCUGCCCUCAGAAAGAAUUUGGGAGAGGAAACUGCAAGAUAUAAGACCACUGGAGGCCGGGCUGUUGAGCUUUGGACUGAUUUUUCCGGGAGCUAGAAGCACAAACGCUACAGCUGUGAUAUCCCUUGUGGCCCCGAGUAGGAACUACUGAGCAUACUGAGCGGCUCUGAAACAUCUGGAGACUUAAUUUAAGGAACUGAUGCCAAUUUAUGAAAAGAAAACUGGAAGUUGAAGGGACCACUGCUUCAAUCAAAAGUAAUUUUAAAAUGGCAGGUCACUUCUCCUUGAGUGAAGAAGAACAAAAAACAGAACUACUGAAGAAGCAUGAGAGAGAAUCCAAUCAGAGGGACAAGCAUGAUGAAGAUGAUGAGCUGAUCUUUGUUGGGAUGGAACAUGUGAAAGAAGAUUCCGAAAUUCUCUUUGUCAAGGUGAUUUCAAAUUCAAAACCAGUUAUUUCAAACAUUUUGAACAGAGUCACCCCAGGCUCAUAUUCGAAAAGAAAGAAAGGCCAUCUCAGUCAAGACCCUGCUCAUGUGUCUCAACCUGGAAUUCAUGUGACCCCAAUAGCCAAAGCAAUGGCUGCCAUGCCAAAUUCUCAGUCUGAAUGGAGAUCAACAGAUAGUCCCGUUACUACUGAAUCUUCAUCGAAACUUGCUUAUAAAAUGAGCUCACCAGAAGUCAUCCCUCCUCAUGAUUCAAACCAACUUUUCACUGCCAAUAAAAUCAGUAGAAAUCCCAAAAGAUCUAAACUCAGGAAUGAAAUCCCAAGUGUACAUUCUUCUACUAUGACCCCUCCUGGUAUCUCUCCUAUAAUGGACACAUGUACACCAUCAGAAAGGAUCUGCUUGUCAAGCAGUGUUCAGAAUGGAACAUCUUUUCCGUGGACUCGUGCUAAUGGAAAGGCACCUUUUGUUCUCAGGGUUCCAGACCCAGAAAAUAGGUCUGAAGGUUUGGUAAAAACAGGCUUAUCAGGUCUAACAGGUCAAAAUAAGACCUUUGAUCCCAAGACAGGAACUCUGAUCCUGUUACUUAGUGACUUUUACUAUGGAGAACUUAAAGGAGAUGGGCAGCCAGAACAGAAGACUCAUUCAACUUUUAAAUGCCACAGCUGCUUGAAAGUUCUGAAAAAUGUUAAGUUUAUGAAUCACAUGAAGCACCAUUUGGAAUUUGAGAAACAGAGAGGUGAUAGCUGGGAAAACCACACCACCUGCCAGCACUGCUAUCGGCAGUUUCCUACUCCCUUCCAGCUGCAGUGUCACAUCGACAGGGUGCACACUAACCAAGAGCCCUCUCCUAUCUGUAAAAUCUGUGAGUUGUCAUUUGAAACAGAUCAGGUUCUCUUACAACACAUGAAGGACAAUCAUAAGCCUGGGGAAAUGCCCUAUGUGUGCCAGCAUUGCAAUUAUAGAUCGUCAGCCUUUGCUGAUGUGGAAACACAUUUUAGAAUGUGCCAUGAAAACACUAAGAAUUUGCUUUGUCUGUUUUGUCUUAAAAUUUUCAAAACUGCAAAUUCAUACAUGAAUCAUUGUUGGAGACACUGGAGCAAGAAGAGAGUCUUUCCAUGUUCCAAGUGCCGGCUACAGUUUUUGAGUUUGAAGGAGGAAACAGAGCACAAAAGCAAAGAUCAUCAAACAUUUAAAAAGCCAGAGCCACUGGAAGGGUUGCCUCCCAGAAUGAAGGUUAUUAUUCAAACUUCAGUUCACCCAUCAAGAGAUACAGAAUCUAUUAUUGUGAGUGACAUUGACUUUUGCCUGUCACCUGUAAAAACUAAAAAGAGGAAGAACUCUAGAUAUUCUGGACUCCUUUGCAACCAGGGUUCUGGCUAAAUAUAUGUUUUACCCACUUUCAUGGAUUCUGAAAGGCAGAUAUGAGACUAGGUCAUCUGUAUAUCAUGACUGAUGCUAGCAUCCAGUGUCAGACAUUUUACAGUGACAUCUCUAGCUCCCUUCUUUAAAGAAGCAUUUCAGAAAUCUUCAUGCCCUUUCUUCACUCAAACCCCUGUACAAAA